AAGCUUGUUCCUAUAUAAACUUCCACUUGGUGCAUCUUCUUGUUAUCAGGGAACUUUAGCAUUAACAUUCCCAAGAGAAAGAUACAGGGAAAGAGAAAAAAGAGAGAGCUAGAGAGAGAUGGAGCUCAAUGAACAUAGUUUCUUAGAGGAGCUGUUAGCUCUUAGAAGAGACAGUUCAUGGGAAACCAUUCCCCCCGAAAUGAAUGAGUUCUUGUCUAGUAGCACCUGGAGUAGUUUAGAUUACUUCGAUAAUCAAAACCCACCACCAUUUUUCCCCCAGUCUUCUUCCGGCCAAGAAUUGUCACCUCCAUUUGAACCAAACUUGAACAACUACCACAACAAUACCACUUUCAAUGAAGUGUACUAUCCCUUAGGCUUUGGUACUGACGAACUGCUCUCAGCUCCACAGGUCACCACUGAUUCGUCUUACAACACACUCGGUGAUACGCCGCCGUUUCCUGUUCAGGAAGACAACAAUCCAUGGUCCAUGCUCGAAGAAGAAGAGCUGAGUUUACUUGGAGAUGAAAUACACAACUUGGAGACUCAGGCUGCUGCUUGUAAAGUGGAGCCGACUCAGUCCUCCUCCUCCCCUGAAGCAGCUCCUGUCUUCAACAUGGGUAUGUGUGUAGAAAGAAACAGCAGAACUAGCAAGAAGUUGCAGGGGCAGCCAUCAAAGAAUCUAAUGGCUGAGAGAAGAAGAAGAAAGCGGUUAAAUGACCGCCUUUCGAUGCUAAGAUCAAUUGUUCCCAAGAUAAGUAAGAUGGACAGAACAUCUAUACUUGGAGACACCAUAGAUUACAUGAAAGAACUCCUGGACAGAAUCAACAACUUGCAGCAUGAAAUUGAAGAAAGUGGUUCAGAUCAGUUGAAUGUGAUGAGACUUUUCAAGGAUAUGAAACCAAAUGAAAUGCUAGUGAGGAACUCACCCAAGUUUGAUGUUCAAAGGAGGAAUGUGGACACAAGGAUUGAGAUUUGCUGUGCAGGAAAGCCAGGGUUAUUACUAUCCACAGUUACUACCUUGGAAGCAUUAGGCCUUGAGAUUCAACAGUGUGUUAUUAGCUGCUUUAAUGAUUUUGCAAUGCAAGCUUCUUGUUCAGAGGGUUUGGAUCAGAGAACACUAGUAACUUCUGAGGACAUGAAGCAAGCACUGUUUAGAAAUGCAGGAUAUGGAGGAAGGUGUUUGUAAUUGACUAAUGCCAAGAAUAAAUGGGAGAGGAAAAAGGAAAAGUAAGAACUUUGUGGUAAAAGUGUUUUGGGGAGAUGGCUUUUUGCAAGUCUGUGGAAGUUCAAUGCAUGACAGUUGCAAUUGAGAUGGAGGAUCUAAUUUUCUUUGUUCCUUAAAUAAUAAUGUAUGUUUGUGGAGGAACAUUUGCUGCUUCAGUAGGAGAAGUUCAAUAGUGUUAAAGUUUAUUUUUUAUCCAACAUUCCAAAAGAAGAAUUUGUGUUUUUUAUAUUUAGGUAUCCAAGAAAAUGCUCAAAUUAGUCAAUAAUCAACCAAAAAUCUCUUUGGUGAUUAGCGGUUGUUGAUUUCAAAUCAAAUUGGAUGGAGAGCAGGGUAUGAUGCUGUAAGAAAGCUUUCUAUGGAUGUGGUUUCUGUCCUAUGAGAUCAUAUAUUUAUAUGGACAUAUUUUGCAUAUAAAGAACAGAUGGUGAUAGAUUGUUCUUACUA